CCCACUCACGUUCAAUUCUUUCCCUAGCCAGACACAAAGGUUUCGCUAUCCUAUCCAAUCCAAUCCCACCGCUGGAAGGGUAGUUAAAAAAAAAACAAAAAAAACUACCUUCAGCAGUCAUCACAAUUGUCACUACAUCUGUCCCUCCGUUCAUCCCCACACCCAUCCACCCAUCCAUCGCGUCCCUACAAUCCUAUUCUUCUGUCCACUAGAUUUACUCAUUCUUCAAACUUCUAGUCGUCAAACACACAUACGCACAUACACAACACACAUAUUCCUGUCCGCUGAUUCUCCAAAGAGACUCGACAGACUUUUAGAACAACAAUCUUUCAACACAAAGAACAAACCAUGUCUACAUCAUCUCAUUUCGCAUCUUCGUUCUCUACAACUGCCGGCGGUGGAAAGGAUAGUGGGAUCAAUACUGCCAAUAAUUCUGGUAAUCCUUCGGCCCCGGGAGGCGGAGGCAGUGGAGGAGGGGGAUCAGGCGAUUGGUCUCGUCGUCCUAAUGGCACAUCUAACUCUUCCCACCGUCGCCCCUCACUUUCCACUACCCUCACUCAUCCUCCUACCUCACAGCACUCUCAACCUCCUUUAACUCCUUCCGCCUCGAACGUUUAUCACCCGCCACAUCAUUUUAAUAGGAGUGGGGCUGGAAGCGCGGUUAGCACUUCUUAUGGUAAGGAGGAUUUGUUAAGUAUCUUCAAGGCACAGGAGCAGAAUGGCACUUUACGGGAGGUGAAGGAUUUACUGCUCGGGGACUUGGGUUCGGGCAGUGGCGGUGGUUGGGGUAGGGGUGGCGAUGAGGCCGGCGGCGCUGAGGUUUGUUGGGAUAAGGAGGCAGGAUCGAAGCCUGUUAGCCUGGAGGAUAUGAGUGAGGAAGAGAAAGAGUUGUUUGCCUCCAAUGUGAACUCUCCUCAUAAGGCGCCCCCAAAUCAAAAUAAUCAAGGAGCAACGAAUCAUCACAACACCAAUCAUACCCCACCACAGAACCGAAAUAAAAUUACCGCCCCUCCUGGUGCAGGCGCUACCGGUGUCAAUCGCCCGACAAACCGACGCCGUGAAACCUCUGAUGCCGCCCUUACCAAUUCUCCUUUCAGCUCUGCCCCCCCUCAAUUGCCGAGACGCAGGACUGAGUUGAGAGACGAAGACCAAACUCGGGAGGGUGGCGGCCGGGAUAGGACUUUAUUUGGACGCUGGGGUAGUACUUCUGGUACAUCUGGUCAGGCUGGGGAUGAUGAUCAUGGCAAGGAGAGAGUUGAAGACGGUUCGGGAAGCGGCGGUAGAAGUUCUGGGUUGUUUAGGAGGGGCAGUACAGCUUGGGGACCUAGUGGGAGUACUGGCGGAGGUGGAUUCGCGAGUAGCGCGUUAAAUAGCCCGAUGGGCACGUUUGGAAAUGGUGUGUUUGGUGGUGCAAUGGGCGGGUUUUCCCUACAGAGCGCCUCUUCGGAGAAGCUGAAAACAAGCAGUAAUGCCGGUAACACAGGGCAGAAAGGUUCAACGGCGCAACCUAAAGUUGAAGAAGAGGACGAACAAGCUGAAGAUACCCAGAGACCCCGCUCCCCCAACCCAGAUGGAUUGCGUGAAGAGCACGAACGCGAGCGACCUAUGAGCUCGGACACUGAUCCGUUUGGUCUUGGUGGGGAUGGGGAUGACCGUGAGCAUGACCAUGACCAACGGCAAGAGCAGCAGCAGCCACAACAUUCCCCGCUUCCUACUCCCAGUCUCGAGCAGCGUAUGAAAGAUAAUUCUUUCAACACGACGAGUAAUACUCAAAAUCGGCAGGGCAAUUCCGUUUCUACUCCUACCAAAGUCCGUAGCGACCUCGGUUUCUCCGGCAUAGGUACGACGCGUGACGGCAGCAAUGUUGGUGGUUUGCAUCAACAGCUCCAGAAUUUGCAAUUGAAUCAGCAGGGCCACUUCCCGCUACAUGGGCGAUCAAGGGAGGGCAGUAUUGGCGGGAUCAUUGGCGGUCUGCAUGAGUAUGAGCCAUUAAGUCCUACCGAAACUAACCCUUAUCAGAGCCCUGCACCCGAAAAGGCGGACGAUGAUGAUAUGCCAGAAAAUGGCGGCGGGGGAGGUAUUAUUGGAGGAUUUAGAAGAGGUGAUGUGGGUGCUCCUGGUAGCGAUAGAAGCGGCCGAAGCUCUACUGCCGGGCUGGGUAGUGGUAUCGGUAGUGGUCUUGCGUCAUUCAGUUCCCUGGGUGGUGGCACUUUGUGGGGAGGGACCUCUGGGCCUUCUGGGCUUGGAAGCAAUACCGCCCCGAGUUCAUUUUUUGGUAGUGGCGGUAUGCUCGGCGAUUUGAACGGUCCCAACACCAUUGGCAGUGGAGGCUCGUUUUCUGGCGGUGGAAUCGGUGGCAUGGGAAGUAUUGGAGGUGGAGGGUACGGAUCGGCAAGCCGUGCAAGCCGGCUUGGACAGCUGUUCCAGCAAGAGCCACAAGUAGAGGAAGAGCAACAACCGCAGCAACUGCAACAAGUUGGUUUUGAGUCGAAUGACGCUUUCGGUGAUCUGAGGUUCGGUAAUGCGUUCGGCAGCGGUAGAAAUGGGUUCGGUAGUGCCACUGAUAGCCCCAUGAGAGAGAGGCCGGGAGUCAUGGACAUUUUUAACCUGCAUACCACGCGGAGUGUUGGCAAUCUGGCGGCUGCUUCUGGAGAAAAUACCUUGUACCCUAGGGAACGUGAUGACCCAUUACCCGGUAUCCAUAGUCUUCACCAGAAUCAACCGGCUCAACCAGCACCACUUUCUGCCGGUAUCCAACCGCCGGCUGUUCAACAACCCCCACAGAUUCGUCCUCCCCCUGGGACCGUCGCACCACAACAACACGUAAUGGUCAUGCCGGACAAGAUACAGUGGACCUAUCGCGAUCCUAGUGGGACUGUCCAGGGUCCUUUCUCUGGCUUAGAGAUGCAUGAUUGGUACAAGACUGGGUUCUUCACCCAGGAUUUAGCUGUAAAGAGGGUGGAAGAUCCAGAGUUUGAGCAAUUGGGUAAUCUGGUGCGCAGAAUAGGGAACACACGCGAGCCUUUCCUAGUCCCGCUUCAAGCUCCAGCAAAUUCUGCUCUUGUGCAACCCACCACAUCUCAACCUAACACUUGGCCUGGAGUCGCCGUCUCCUCUUCCUGGUUGAAUGAGAACCAACAGCCUCAAACUGGCGGCACAGUUCAACCUCCGUUUGCUGGGAGUUUCCCGAGUUUCGGAACGACCCUCACUGCUGACCAACAAAAUGCGCUGGAGAGAAGGAAGCAGGAGGAGCAGUACCUUUUGGCUAGGCAGCGAGAGUAUCUGGUUCAGCAACAAGUUUUUGCAAAAGCACACGCUCUGCAUCACCAACACUCGCAACAAAGUCUCCAUUCUCAACCCAGCUUUGGGAGCUUACAAGGAAGCCUGCAAAGCCCUGGUGGGUUCGCCACUCCUGUUACUACAACAACCGUCGGGAUUGGUGGACAGAACUCAUUCGAGCCGGGCGUAUUAUUAAGGCAGGCCGGUGCGGCCGCCGGGAGCGCUGAUGCUUUUGGAGUUAGCGGCGGACAUGGCAUGCCCGGUAUGGCCGGGCAGCAGCUCCAACAGAAUAGCCAAUUCACUCAGCAGCAGCAACAUGUUCAGGCCGACCGCUUACAGAUGGAACAGAGGAUCCUUGAAAUGCAACGUCAACAGGCCCAGAAGGCAUACCAAACACAGCAUCAGCAAGUUGAGAAACGGCAAGAACUUCAACAGGCUCAGCAACAAGCAGUGGCGGCUGUCGCACAAGCCCAACAGCACCAAUCUUACGGGGUUCACCACGAGAGGGAAGAUGAGAGAUUCCCACAGCAGGCCCAGGAACGUAGUGGGGCUGUCCCUGCUCAACACGGCGAGGAACCCUCUCCAACUUUGGAGAGUUCCGCGUGGGGCAUCGUUCCUGAAACUGUUAAACCACAAGCACAGCCGCAAGUUACCGAGCAGCCAAAAGUUUCAAUUCCCAAGUCGACGCCUUCGACAAAGACUUCCCCUCGCCCCACGCAAGCUCCAACUACAUCUAGUAACGAGUGGCAAAACUCCGAACCCGCUCCCCUUGUUCAACCUUUCCCUCCCCCAGUCAGUUCUCAAUCUACUGUCCUCAACGUUGGCUCUAGCUCUAUGGCUCGUAGCCCCUCAAAUGAGAAUCCUCACCCAAGUACCAGUGCUUCUGUCGCUCCUUGGGCGAACAAGGAUAACGAAUUGAAGCAACCCUCUCUCACUCUCAAGGAGAUCCAGGAAAUUGAGGCAGAGCAACAACGCAACAAGGAGGCCCACGAAGCAGAACAGAGGCGUCAGCUCAUGGCCCAACAAGUGGCUAAUCAGCCUCCUCCCCCGGCUCCAGGCCUCCCGUCGACAGCCACCUGGGCAACAUCUCCAUCCGCUACUCCGGCUACUGGAUCUGCAUCAGCUUGGGCUAAGCCAUUGGUCAAGGCGAACUCCCUUCCGAGUGCAGGUGCUAAAAAGACGCUUUCACAAAUUCAAAGGGAAGAAGAAGCCCGCAAAGCAAAGACUGCAGCACUCGCGGCGUCCACAGCCCAGGCGGCAGCGCAGAUCCCCUCCGCUCCUCUUGCUAGUGGAAAGAGGUACGCUGAUCUCGCUAGUAAGACCUCUCAGCCCAUGGUUGGUGGAGCAUGGACUACCGUCGGACCCGGAGGUAAAUCCAAGCUGGGUGCCGGUGGUCCCACUGGCCCUCUUCCUUCUACACCGACCGCGCCGGCCCAACCGUUAAGAACUGUGUCUAGCACCAUUGGUAUACAAACUGCCAAAAAGGUAGUCCCGGCUGUUGUACCAGUCAAACCUGCCGCUACAAGCGCUGAGGGAGAAUUCCACAAAUGGGCAAUGGCAUCUCUUACUGGAUUGAAAGACGGGGUCAAAGCCAAUGAACUCCUUGCUGAGAUGCUUAACUUCCCCUUGGACGCCAGCCUCAUCGCUGAUACCAUCUAUGACUGUUCCACAACCAUGGACGGCCGUCGCUUCGCUGCAGAAUUUAUCCGUCGGAAGGAGGCUGCCAGAAUCGGUGUUGUCAUUGAGGCAGGAUCAUCUAAUGGCGGUGGAGCCAGUGGAUGGAAUGAGGUUGCGAAGGGAAAGGCCAAUACCCAACAAACUGCUAGGGAUGCUAGCCCCGAGACUAAUACUGCUUUCAAGGUGGUUUCAGGGAAAAAGAAGGGGAGGAGAUAGAUGUAUGGAUAUGUGUCGAGUUUUAAAUCAAAUAGCGGAGUCCAUCGUCUGUAGCAUGGCUCGCAAGCUUGUGUACCGUAGCAUAGUUAGGCAAAUGGGAGUUUUUUUGUUUUAAGGG